UUCAUCUUUAGGGUUUUAUUUAACAGGAUUCAGAAAUGCGAGCUCUUCAACGAAUCUUAACAAACUUGUCGCAAAACCCACUUCCUAAAUCCUUAAAAAACUUCAACUUUAUCAAACCCUUUUCUACUGGCAAUAAUGAUUGGAGUUCCAAUUUCGGAGGCACCGGAUCAUCUACAGAAGAUUUGGGUUGGGAUGUGGGUUCAAAUUCAUGGUCUACUGGUUUAACAAAGGAGCAUUUUGAUGGAGAAGUUGUGGGCCGACAAAUGGGUUCGGGUCCGGGUCCCGUCCCCACAAAUGUACGAUCUGGCGGGCCAUCUGUUGGGGGGUUCAGUUCAGCUAGAUGGACUGAUGAAGAAAUGGAUAAAGUGAAGGAGCUUCAAGCCGAGAAUCGAAAAGGGAAAGCUUUUGUUGAUGGAUGGGAUGAAAGGAUGAAGGAUAUCAGUGUUUUGAUGAAGCAGGUAAUGGAGCCAGGUGCAAGGGGGUCUUAUUUGAAGGAUUCAGAGAAGACAGAAAUGUACAAGAAGCAUAAGGAGAACCCAGCGUUGUAUACGGUUGAGCGCUUAGCAAAAGAUUACAGGAUCAUGAGGCAGAGGGUUCAUGCAAUUCUGUGGCUGAAGGAACUUGAGGAGGAGGAAGAGAAGAAGCUUGGACGUCCAUUAGAUGACUCUGUAGAGCUAUUGCUUGAUACAUGCCCAGAAUUUUUCAAUUCUCAUGACAGGGAAUUUCAUGUUGCAACUCUUCCUUAUAAACCUGACUUCAAGGUCAUGCCUGAGGGUUGGGAUGGGACUACCAGGGAUCCUGAUGAGGUGCACUAUGAGAUAUCAAUGAAGGAAGAUGAGAUGCUGUAUCAAGAGUUUGUCCAAAGGAUGAACUUCAACAAGAUGAAGAUGGCAAAUAAAGUGAAAUGCCACAAGUAUAGCCGCAGGCGUCCUUCAAAUGGCUGGAAUUUCACUGUUGAGAUGCUAGGAUCUCGUGGCAAGCGUGGGAAUGGUGGUGGCUGGAAGUUCGUUAGCCAACCUGAUGGAUCCAGCCGACCCCUUGAUGAGUUCGAGAAGAUGUUUGUCAAGAGAGAGACCCCACGUCGACGGAAAAAAAUUCUCCCAUGAUUUUUCUGGCAUAAGGCAAGGGAAUUGUGUGAGCAUUUGAGAAGGUUAAAUCUGACAAUGAGCAUAAAGGAGUAUAAGAAUCAGAGUUAAAGGAGGAAAUAUGCCAUUGAAGCCUAGCUUGCUACUUUGAGAUGUCAUCAGUCAAAAUAUUCUAAUAGAGGAUAAGUCUCUAAAUAUUCUAAUAGAGGACAAGUCUCUGGGAACCUUAACUAUUUAUUUUGUUAUUUGUAUUUCAGUAUAAAGUGGGGCAAUGCUACUGCUACCUAUGAUGUUGAAUCCUCCGUUUAUAAAAAAGAUGUCACUUUUCUUUUA